AUGGCUUUUGAGAUCUUCACGCAUGGUUUCUCAUUUCUCAACCUCCUCUCGAUCCUCGCUUUCUUCACAACAGUUGCACUGUUCUUUUGUGGAAUUCCAAUUUGUCGACAAAUCUGGAAACGGGGAGACACCAAGGAGAUCGCCGCCGCACCGUUUCUCAUGGGGAUUUUGGGUGGCACCUGUUGGCUUUGGUAUGGUUGGUUGAAAGGCGACAAUACGGUAUUGGUCGUCACGUCGACUCAAGUUUUUCUCUACUUCUCCUACUCGAUAUUUUAUUGGUUCAUGACAAGAAAUAAGUUUUGGAUUACCAUAAAAUUUCUCCUAAUUCUUUGUCUUUGUGGAACGAUCGGCGGCUUCACGUAUCAUUUCAAGGAAAAGGUUUUUCACCCGCUCGGUUUCCUCUGUAUGACGCUAAACGCGGCCGACUUUGCGGCACCCCUAGCCGGGCUGAAUGUGGUGAUCCGUCGCGGCGCCACGUCGACUCUUCCCCUUCCGCUUUGCAUCGCGAACUUUUUGGUCUCCACCGAGUGGUUCUUGUAUGGAUUUCUGAAAAUGGAUUUCUAUUUGAUUACUCCAAAUGGAAUCGGCUCAAUUCUAGCCUUUUCACAGCUCGUUCUGUUUCUCGUUUUACCACGAAAACCCGGGCAGAAAAGCCCGAUUCGGCGACUCGUCACCUCGUGUCGGAAGAAUGGAGUUAAGGAUUUGGAGGCUGAAGCUGUUGUUGAAAAAGUCUCCCCAUUGGGCAUUGAGGGUUUUGAGAGAAAAGACCGAGAAACGUCAUGGCCGAUUCGAGUGAUCUCGAGUCUCGAGAAUGAGCUGGACAAUGUGAUCAGUCGAGUGGCGGCCAGAGAACAAUUUGCUUACACAAAAGGAAUGGUUGAGCAAGAGGAGACUCAAUCGGAAGAGGACAACGAAGAAAAUUUGAAACCAAAUCUUGAAACAAAAACUUCGAAUAGAAGAAAUACUUUGAUUUUCUCGAAUGAGGUUUUCCCAAAGCUCACGAGAUCCAUUUCAAGUCCGAAUUUGAGCUUU